AUGUCUGAUAUUAACCAAACUAAAUACAGUGAACUGCGAAGUAUCUACAAAUACUACAUAGAUUCAUAUAAUGCUUUGUAUCAGCUGAAAAGUGAUAAUGAUGAAGAAUUAAAAAAGAUUUACACAAUGAUCAAAACGGAAUUGAUAGAUUCAAAUAAAUAUCUUCCCCAAAAAAUAAUGGAAGAUAUUUUAUGUAUCAUUCAAUAUAAUAAUCGCUAUACAAAGUCAUAUUUAUAUCUUGCCAAACUCAUUUAUGAUAAUUAUCAUGUAACAGAGUCAUUCAAAGUUCCAUUAGCUGUUUCCUACCUAUUUUAUAAAGAAUAUGGAAUUAAUUUAAACAAAUCUUAUGAUUUCGAAGAAAUUAACUCAGAAAAUCUCGAAAUUCAUACAGAAAAUACAAUUUACAAAGCAAUCAUGUACAAUGACUUAGAAAGAUUCAUCACAUUCACGGAAAGUGAUGAAUUUGAUCAAAAUCAAAUACUUGAAAGCGAUUUAUAUCCAUUUCCAAAUGAUCAGAAAGGAUAUUCAUUACUUGAGUUAUGCUGUUACCAUGGUGCUGUUGAUUGUUUCAAAUUAUUAAGGACGAAAAUUGACUCAGAAAUAACUCAAACAUGUCUCGAUAUUUCAUUUUUAGGAGGAAAUCAAGAGAUUAUGAGUGAAUGUUUGAAACAUCAAACACCAAGUGAAGAAUCCAUGGAAAAUGCUAUUAUUUCACACAACAUUGAUUUUGUUACAUUCUUGAUGAAUGAAUACAAUAUAGAGAUCAAUUUAUUCUAUUGUGGAGUUCUUAAUAAUCUUGAUUCUUUUUUAGUUUAUUUUGAUCAAACUGAUGAUGUUAACACCUGUUUUGUUUAUUCAUCUCUGUUUAGCAUUCCAUCUCUUUGCAAAUAUUUCAUUUCACUUGGUGCAAAUAUCAAUGAAAAAGAUAUUUACAAAAGAACUCCUCUUCAUCAUGCGGCAGUAAAUGAUAGUAAAGAAGUAGCCGAGCUUCUUAUUUCACAUGGUGCAAAUAUCAAUGAAAAAGAUGAUAGCGGAGAAACCGCUCUUCAUCAUGCGGUAUAUUAUAAUAGCAAAGAAAUUGCGGAACUUCUUAUUUCACAUGGCGCAAAUAUCAAUGAAAAAGAUAAUUACAAAAGAACUCCUCUUCAUCAUGCGGCAUAUUAUAAUAGCAAAGAAGUAGCUGAACUUCUUAUUUCACAUGGGGCAAAUACCAAUGAAAAAGAUUAUACCGGAGAAACCGCUCUUCAUAAUACAGCGAAAAAUAAUAACAAAGAAAUUGCUGAACUUCUUAUUUCACAUGAUGCAAAUAUCAAUGAAAAAGAUAAAAAUGGAAAAACCGCUCUUCAUAAUGCAGCAUUUAAUAAUAGCAAAGAAGUAGCUGAACUUCUUAUUUCACAUGGCGCAAAUAUCAAUGAAAAAGAUGAAAAUGGAGAAACUGCUCUUCAUAUUACAGCACAAAAUAAUAACAAAGAAAUUGCUGAACUUUUUAUUUUACAUGGUGCAAAUAUCAAUGAAAAAAAUAAUGACGGAGAAACCGCUCUUCAUUAUACAGCAAUAAGUAAUAACAAAGAAAUUGCUGAACUUCUUAUUUCAUAUGGUGCAAAUAUCAAUGAAAAAGAUAAUGAUGGAAAAACCGCUCUUCAUUAUACAGCAAUAAGUAAUAACAAAGAAAUUGCUGAACUUCUUAUUUCAUAUGGUGCAAAUAUCAAUGUAAAAGAUAAUUAUGAAAAAACUGCUCUUCAUUAUGCAACAAAAAAUAAUCAUAAAGAAAUAGCUGAACUUCUUAUUUUACAUGAUGCAAAUAUCAAUGAAGGAGGUCUUGAUGGAAGAACUGCUCUUCAUAUUGCAACAAAUCAAAAUUACAAAGAAAUGGCCAAAUUAUUUAUUUCACAUGGUGCAAAUGUCGAUAAAAUAGAUGAUUUCGGAAGAACUGCUCUUCAUUAUUCAGCAAUAAAUAAUAGGAAAGAAAUAGCUGAUUUUCUUAUUUCUCAUGGUGCAAAUAUCAAUGAAAACGAAAAUUAUACUACUGCUCUUCAUGAUGCAUCAUUUUAUAAUAGUAAAGAAAUUGCCGAACUUCUUAUUUCACAUGGUGCAAAUUUCAAUGUAAAAAAUAAAAAUGGAAAAACACCUCUUCAUAAUGCAGCAAUAAAUAAUAGCAAUGAAACGGCUGAACUUCUUAUUUCAUAUGGUGCAAAUUUCAAUGAAAAAGAUAAUGAUGGAGAAACCGCUCUUCAUAUUGCAGCAAAACAUAAUCAUAAAGAAAUUGCCGAACUUCUUAUUUCACAUGGUGCAAAUAUCAAUGAAAAGAAUGAAAAAGGAUCUACCGCUCUUCAUAAUGCAGCAAAACAUUAUAAUAAAGAAAUUGCCGAGCUUCUUAUUUCACAUGGUGCAAAUAUCAAUGAAAAGAAUGAAAAAGGAUCUACCGCUCUCCAUAUUGCAGCAAAACAUUAUAAUAAAGAAAUUGCCGAGCUUCUUAUUUCACAUGGUGCAAAUAUCAAUGAAAAGAAUGAAAAAGGAUCUACUGCUCUCCAUAUUGCAGCAGAAAAACAUUUUAAAGAAACAUCUGAACUGUUGCAUGCUAAGUUCGGUCAACGAUAG